UCGUCCCGCCCUCCGCUGCCAUUGGCCGGCGCGGGGCCGCCGCAGCCAAUCGCGUGCGGGGAGGUGGUGGGGCCGGGACAAGAUGGAGGAGUACGCUCGCGAGCCCUGUCCCUGGAGGAUAGUGGAUGACUGUGGAGGGGCCUUCACCAUGGGAGCCAUAGGAGGGGGCAUUUUCCAGGCUAUCAAAGGCUUCCGAAAUUCCCCAGUGGGUGUAAACCACCGGCUGCGGGGCAGUUUGACGGCUAUUAAAACCAGAGCUCCACAACUGGGAGGGAGCUUUGCUGUCUGGGGAGGUCUCUUCUCCAUGAUUGACUGCAGUAUGGUCAGAAUGAGAGGGAAGGAAGAUCCCUGGAAUUCCAUCACGAGUGGAGCCCUGACUGGAGCCAUUUUAGCUGCAAGAAAUGGCCCUGUUGCCAUGGUCGGAUCUGCUGCCAUGGGAGGAAUUCUCCUGGCCCUAAUCGAAGGAGCUGGAAUUCUGCUGACAAGAUUUGCCUCCACACAAUUCCCAAAUGGCCCACAAUUGUCAGAGGAUCCAUCCCAGCUCCAGCCACCCCCGUUCAGCGACUACCGACAGUAUCAAUGAUGGUCCCCGACCACCUCCUCGUCCUCCUCUUCUUCUUCCUCCUCCUCCUCCUCCUCUUUCUCUCCCUUCCCUGUUCCUGAGUGGUCCCACCUGGAGGAUGUGGAGGGGGUUUUUACUUACACCAGUGGUUGUCCCUUACACACUGUGCCAGGAGGACCUGCAGCAUUUCUCAAUGUCAAACUGCUCAGGAGAACUUUUAGAAAAGAAAAUCUAUUUAUUCCUGAUAUAUUCCAUUGCUGUAAUGUUACACUUGUCUGGUAGAAUACAAGGAGGUUUGAGACAAGGACCAAAUGGAGUCUUGUCAUCCUUUUGACACAGACUGGAGUGAAAGUCUUGGAGUCUCCUCUGGGAUGUCGCACCUGCAGUGAACACAGCUAGAAUGUAGCUUCUUCCCUGUUGGAUUUAGGUUAUGGGGCUGGAGGGGGAAGCAUUGCACCUGCUGCCAGCCCAGCCUCCUGUUUUUCAUCUCAGAUCUUGGCCUGAGCAGAGUUACCACAUCUGCUCUGUGGUUUUGUCCUUAAAUUCCAGCUCUGGAAGCCCCUUCCCUCUUGCCAGCAGUUACAAAAUCACAUCCAGUGAGGUUUUCUGUUGUAACUCGUUAAUUAACUCAUUGAUGCCAUUGCUUGCUGGCAGUUCCUGAUACAGUAUACAGAAGCCUGGGGGAUUUCCAAAGCUGGGCCACAUCCAAACAGCAGAGCAAAAGGACACCCUCACCUCUGGGGGAUGGCAGGGACAGGUGGCACAGAGGCAGUAGUUUCUCUGCCUACACUCCUUCACCCCUGGGUCAGGCAAUGGCCUUCAGCUGCCCGAGCUGGGCUUUACUGUGCUGACCUCUGCCCCUCCAAACCCCCUGAUAAUCACUGUCCCCUGUGCACCAGGAGAAGCCUCCAGCUGGGGCAUAGUCCCGCACUGCCCCCACUCUAGACAGGCUGUGACACCUCUCCUGCCCUACUGAGCCCCAAGGGAAGUCACAGUCCCGGAGCUGUCACCAACCAGGGCCAUGUUUCCUGCCCUGUCAUCACCACAACAUCCCAGUUUCCUGUUUUAUUCCAGCCAGUCCAGAGUCCACUGCAGCUGGAGAGAUCCCACUGCCCCAGGGCACUCCUGCCCUGCUCCUGGGGUGCCUGGAGCCUUCUCUCCCCCACAUCAAAAAUGGACACAGACACAGCAGUGACACUGAACUAUUGACCUUUUUAUUUCAAUCAGCUACAGCAGCUCUACAUUCCCUACAACACUGUCCUUCCUCCCUCCUCCCGACAGUGAGGGAGCCAAGGAGUGCGGUGGCAGCGCAUUGUCUUAAAGCUUAGUAUUAAAUAUUAAAUAUUCUUUCUUUUAUGUUUA